AUGCAAAAAUUUACUAGAAGUUGCAAAGAUUUACCAUCGGAAAAUUGUGGUAAAAUUUGCCACGUAUUCGAUGGAAUGGCAUUAAUACAGGGACUUGGCAAAUCUACUAACUCCAAAUCGUUUGGAGAAUAUACAAACAUCUUAAAGGCCAUUGUAUUUAAGAACAAAUACAAUGCCGAACGAAUUGAUUUUGUCGUGGACCAUUACGAAGAUUUGUCGAUAAAGAAUUGCACAAGAGAGAAGAGGGGACAUAAACAUGACGCCACAGAGAGAGCCAUUGAAAGCUCAGUCACAUUAUUAACUCAAUAG